AUGUCGGGCCAGGGGCUGGCCCGGUCCAUUGGACCUCAUUUUUUGAUCCCGGCCCGGCCCAAGUUUUCGUGCCAUGCCGAGCACAGCCCCUUAAUAUUCGUGCUCGUGCCGUGCCGUGCCUCAUUUAAAUGGGCUGGGCUCGUGCCGUGCUGGGCCGGCCCGUCACGUUUGACACCUUUAAGAUCUGUACCCUACCUAGCGUCUGGCGAUGGUGAUGGUGAUGGAGAGAAACUUUCCUGGCAGGGGACCAGCCGUCGCGCCGCCGUCUCUCUCACUCACGCAGCCUGCAAUUCAAGAGAUGUCAUCCGACCUCAAGAGAUGGAGUUCCAUGUCGUGACGCAGGAUUUUACUACUUGGUUUUUAAUUGGGUUUUUGUGUAUUGAGUUGGAUAGAUCUGGGGUAGCUCAGUCAUUGGAGAACUGGGUUUUCGGCAUUUGGGAUUGUGAGGACUUGCUUUUGAUGAAACUAGUAAAGUUGGUACCUUUGGUUCUUGCUUUUGUAUUGCUUAUGAGUCUUAGAUCAUCUGCUUCAUUCACUCCUAUCGAUAACUACUUAAUUGCUUGCGUUGCUAGCUCCAAUUCUACUGUCCCUUCUCCAAUUUACCAAUCUGCUCGAGUUUUCAAGGCAGCAGCUUCUUACAAAUUCAAAAUCCAGCAAGAAGGCCGGCAUUGGGUCCGCCUUUAUUUUUACCCUCUUACAAGUCCUGGCCAAAACUUGGAGUCUGCUCAAUUAACUGUUGUUACUAAUAAUUUUGUACUCUUGACCAACUUCACUUUCAAGAACUAUAAUGGUUCUUAUCUGUUCAAGGAGUAUGCAAUCAAUGUAACUUCAGAUACCUUGACUCUCACCCUCAUUCCUUCAAACAAUUCAGUUGCUUUUGUUAAUGCAAUUGAAGUUGUAUCUAUCCCAGAUGCACUGCUCUCUGACCAGGCAUAUGCUGUGAAUCCAUCUGCUCCUUUUAGUGGCCUUUCUGACCUUGCCCUUCAAACAGUUUACCGGUUAAACAUGGGGGGUCCUUUGCUCACUGCUCAAAACGAUACCCUUGGAAGAACUUGGGAGAAUGAUCUGAAAUACCUUCAUGUGGACAGUUCUGCAGUGAAUGUAUCAGUCAACCCUGCGAGCAUUAAAUAUCCACAGGCUGUCACAGCCGAAAUCGCACCAAAUUGGCUUAUGGGUUCUUCUCUUUCAUCAGUGCUGAUACUAAUACCUUCCUUCAUGCUAAUGUCUAGGGUUGGCAUCAUCCUCUCAGCAGCAGCUCACGGUGGUAAAUACACCUCCAUAGGCUCGAAGUUUCAUUGGUUUCACGCAAACCAGCAUCAAUUUUCUCGCAGCUUCCAUCAGCAGCAAUUCUGUCUAUCUCAGAUUAUAUCUGAAAUUUGGAUGUUUGCAGCUGAAAUUGGUUUUGAUUAUAUCUCUGAAAUUGAAAUCAUGAAUGAGUCAAACCCAUUUGGAGAGGUACAUCCCACUACUAAUAGUGAAGUUGGUUCAUCAUCCGCAUCCGUAUCCACAUCCGCAUCCGCAUCCGCAUCUUCUUCAACACCUUCAUCCACUUUACCUAACCCUCAAACACUAACUCAAAGUACACCUCAACUGAGUGGUCUUCCACCAUUACCUCAUUCCGGCCCAAAAAGAGAAAAAUCGGAAGUAUGGGAUCACUUUGAGAAAUAUGAAGAAGUGGUUGAGAGUGUGAAGGAGGAUGGGAGCAAAUAUGCAACCACUAAGAAGAGAGCUAGGUGCAAGUAUUGCACUAUGAGCUAUGCAGCAGACUCUACUAGAAAUGGGACCUCAAAUUUGAGGAAACAUAUUGAAAACUUAUGUAAGAAAUAUCCGGGAAGGGUUCCUAAAGAUAAACGGCAAAAGCUCUUGUCUUUUGACCAAGAACAUGGGGUUCUUACAUCAACAAUGCAUGGUAAAGAAGAGUGGUUAAAGGCAUGUGUAGAGAUGGUAGUAAUGGAUGAGAUGCCGUUUAGUGUGGUUGAAGGAAAAGGGUUUAGGCGGUUUUGUAAUUCUUUGAACCCCCAUUUUCAAGUGCCAUCGCGUAGGACACUUGUGAGGCAUUUCAUGGUAAUGUAUGAUGCCAUGAAACAAAAAUUGAAAGAAGAAUUAGCACCACAUAGAGUAUGCCUCACAACGGACACUUGGACAAGUGUUCAAAACAUCAAUUACAUGGUCAUCACGGCACACUUCAUAGAUGGUGAUUGGAACUUGCACAAAAGAAUCUUGAACUUUUGUGUGAUUUCCAAUCACAAGGGGAACUCAAUUGGUAAACUCCUUGAGUCAUGCUUGCUUGAUUGGGAUUUGAAGAAGAUAUUAACCAUCACGGCCGAUAAUGCUUCUUCAAACACAAAGGCUAUAGAUUACUUGAAGUCGAAAAUGGGCCAUUGGGGAAAUGGUAGUCUUUUAUUAGAGGGAAAGUAUAUGCACAUUAGGUGUUGUGCUCAUAUUGUGAAUUUGAUAGUUCGUGAUGGGUUGAAGAAGUUGGAAAAAAGCAUAGUGUGUAUAAGAAAUGCUGUGAAGUAUGUAAGAUCUUCUCCCAAAAGGUUGGAGGACUUUAAGAGUUGUGUUAAGAAAGAGCAAAUUGAAUGCAAAGGGCUUGUGGUGUUGGAUGUGCCAACAAGGUGGAAUUCCACAUAUAUGAUGUUGGAAGCCGCCUUAAAGUUUGAAAAGGCAUUUUGGAGAAUGGGAGAAGAUGAUGAAGGCCCAUAUAUUUCUUGGUUUGGUGAAGAUGAACCGGAUCUUGAAGAUGGGGUGGUUAUGUCUCAUUAUCCUAGAAAGAGGGAAGGACCACCAACUAAUGAAGAUUGGAACAAUGCUCGUACCUUUGUGAAUUUUUUGAAGGUAUUUUAUGAUGCUACAUUGAAGAUGAGUGUCACUUUGCAUCCCGCUUCCCACACCACAUUUCAUGACUUGAUUGCAAUGGAAGAAGAAAUUGAGGAUUUGUUGAUGGAAGAGGAGGAAAUAUUAAGUGAAACCCAAACCUCCAAGGUUUUGAAGGACAUGGCACUUAACAUGAAGAUGAAGUUUAAAAAGUAUUGGGGUGACCUUGAUAAAUUGAACCAAAUUUUGAUGGUUGCUCUUGUUCUUGACCCUCGAUACAAAUUGGGGAACUUGGAGUUUAUCUUGAAAAGCCGGUUUGAAAACCCGGAAGAUGCGGUUAAGAAGAAGAAUGAGAUCAAAGAGAUUUUAAAGAAGUUUUAUGAAGAAUAUGCCAUGCCACCACCACCACCACCACCUACUCAAAGUAGUAGUUAUUAUUCUAGUGAUACUACUACAAUGAGUACAAGUAGUAGCCGAGGGGGAAAGAAACGAAGGCAAAUGACCGAAAAUUGGAGAAAAGAGACUCGAGCAAAUGAUGUUGUGGUAUUGGAGCAUGAGAUUGAUAGGUACAUCACCGACCCUAUUGAAGAUGUGGUUGAUGAAUUUGAUGUUUUGAAGUGGUGGAAAUUGAAUGGGGUUAAGUAUCCGGGGUUGGCACUUAUUGCAAAGGAUGUGCUUGCCAUCCCGGUAUCAACGGUGGCUUCGGAAUCAUGCUUUAGCACGGGUGGUCGGGUAGUUAAUUCAUUUCGUGCUUCUUUGACUCCUAAGAUUGUGGAGGCCUUAAUUUGUUCUCAAAAUUGGUUAAGGUCGGAUGACAUUUCCUCGUUACAAUAUGAGCCAACAAUUCAAGAGAUGGAGUUCUAUGAAUCGAUUGAAUUAGAUAUUAUGAGUUCAUCCACACCUAGCACCAUAGCUCCAACUACUUUUCAAUGUUAG